UCAACACAAUGUAGAUGUUCAUUGAAAAUUUCAAAUUAAAAACAAAAAACCAAAAAUUCCUCAAUUUUUCCCUUAAUGAUCGAUCGAUCGAUACAUACCUCCUGCCCAUUUUUUCCCCCUUAAUGAGAUUUAUAAUUUUUUGUAAUCAAGUUAGUAGUAUAAGUUUGUUUUGCAUGUUUAGCACACCACUUAACCUCAGAAACCACCCGAUAGCUCUCUCUGUCUCUCCUUUUAUUGCUCUGAUCUUAGAGCGUUGCGUCGAUUACAGGGUUUUUUGGUGAAAACACAGUUUGAUGUUAGUUUUUUGUUUUCUAGGGUUUUAAAGUUUGUGAAUUUCUGGGGAAGACGAACAAAAUGGCUUCUAUUGUUGGAUUGAACGAUCUUUCGGUAGCGCUCAUCGAGGCUGGAAAUAAUAUACUUAAGCCUCAUUCUUCAACCGACGAGCUUCUUACUCUUCUCGAUGAAACCGAGUCUCUGCUUAGAAAUGUGGAGCAAGAUCAGCCUUUGUCAAUGCAAAAUGCCCUGAUUCCAUCGAAGAAUGCUUUGGUAUCAGUUGACCUCUUAAGCCAUCCUGAUUCUGAUGUUAGGGUUUCAGUUGUGUCCUGCUUAACCGAAAUUCUGAGGAUAACUGCCCCAGAAGCUCCUUACAGUGAUGAUCAAAUGAAGGAAAUCUUCCGGUUGACGAUAGAAGCUUUUGAGAAAUUAGCUGAUGCUUCCUCUCGCAGCUAUGGUAAAGCCAAGUCUGUUCUUGAUAGUGUUUCCAAGGUCAGAUCAUGCUUGGUCAUGUUGGACUUGGAGUGCGAUGACCUCAUUCUACAAAUGUUUCGGAUGUUCUUGAACAUCAUAAGAUCUGAUCAUCCACAGGUGGUGUUUUCGUCGAUGGAAAUGAUAAUGAUUACUAUAUUAGAUGAAACCGAAGAAGUAUCCAAGGAUUUACUCGAUACUCUAUUAUCUAGUGUCAAAAAGCAAAACCAGAAUGUUUCACCAACGUCUCGGAGUCUUGUGGAGAAGGUUCUUAGUAGAUGUGCCCGUAAACUUAAACCAUACAUCAUUGAAGCUUUGAAGUCUACAGGGACCAACUUGGAUAUGUAUUAUCCAGUAGUUGCUUCCAUAUGCCAGAGUGUUUUUGAAACUACUACAGUCCGCAAUAUAGUUAACACAAAGGAAAAUGAGGCAGCUGAAACGAAGUUGGGGAGACAAGUAGCCCCAAGUGAUUCAUUAAAGGACAAAUUGGGGUUGGGGCACUCUCGCAAGGAGAUUCGUUGUAGAAGUAGUUCCAAGAGACCUGUAAGAGAUGAAACUCGACGUAUUAACGUGAAUAGAAAAUUAAGCAACGGAAACAAUUCGUUUUAUUUGAAACAGAGUCUGAAGCAAGGUACAGAUGCAGAAACGGAUAUAGGAAUUACAGGAAAGAGAGGACGGAAACCCAAUUCGUUGAUGAAUCCUGAGGAAGGUUAUGACAUUUCUUGGAUUUCUGGGAAAAGAGAUCCAUUAAAGACAUCUUCAUACAAAAAGCUCCACAAAAAAGGAUAUGGAGGAGAAUCAUCACUUGGAAAGGUAGCUGCCAAGAAAACACCUUUGGCUAAAGAAACUUCCCCAUCCACUAGUAGGGCUCUGUCGGGUUCAGUUAAACGAAGCCGGGUUAAGAUGGAUGAGAGUGAUCAUGAUUUAGAUUCGUUUUCUUCACCGAGAUUGAAGAAAUUGGCAUCAUGCUUCCGAGAUGAAGAGCCUCUUAAGAAAGAAUCAAACCAGGAGAGCUAUGAAACACCAGAAGAGGACAGAAAGAUUGGGAAUUCAAGCAAGAAGACAAGGUCUCAGAAUGGCGUAGAGAAAAGUCAGGGAACAGCAAAGAAGAAGCCAAUUAUAGAACCCAAGAUUGUGAACUCCAGUGGAAAAAGAUCAUCAGCUCGCUCAGAUGCUAAGAAAAAGACUUUGGAAGCUGCAUCUUCGGAUACUCCUGUUCCACAAUCAUCAAGGGACAAGAAGAAGGUUUCUCAAGUUGCAGCUACCAUGGCAGAAGAAUCUGAAGAAACGUCAAAGAGCCAUCCGACGAGGAGACGGUCAGCAAGAAAAGAAGUGGAGUCUGAUAAGAAUGGCUUUGGCGAGGAUUUGGUCGGUAAGAGAGUUAAUAUCUGGUGGCCGCUGGACAAGACUUUUUAUGAAGGCGUCAUAGAGUCUUAUUGUAGUCGAAAGAAGACGCACCGGGUAGUAUAUUCCGAUGGAGAUUCAGAAGAGCUUAACCUCAUUAAAGAACGCUGGGAGUUACUCGAGGAUCUCACUUCUGCCAGUGAGGAUAUGGAAAUUGAUCUGCCAGAGUCCAUUCCUUUAUUUGAUAUAAUGCAGAGGGAGAAGGUCAAGAAAAGCAUAAACGUGGCGGUGUCUGUGGAACCGACUAGUUCCUCAGCUAGAAGAUCCUCCAGUAGAACAGUUGGGAAGAUUGAUUCUGGCAAAAAGAUAAAUAAACAGGUGAAAAGAGGCAAAGGUGGAUCGAAGGCGGCUGUUGUAAGCGAAAAAACAAGAGAAGGAAAGAAUCUUAAAUCGUUGAAAGAGUUGAAUGCUCAAACUGACAGAGCAGAAGAGCAGGAAGUGAGUCGAGAUGUGGACCAUGAAAGCGAAGAUGAUUACUAUAGUGAAAAGCAAGAACAAUCCGAAAACAAAAGUGACGAGAUCCUGAAGUUGGCUGAUACAGAAGCUGAAACUAAGGAAGAAGAGAAACAAUAUCCAAAUUCAGAGGUUGAGAGUGAGAGAGAAGGCUCAGAGUCAGAAGAAGAGCCGAAGUGGAGAGAAACAGAGGAUAUGGAGGACGAAGCAGAAGAGAGAGAAGAAGCGGUUGAUGUUAAAGGGACAAGCACAAGCUUGUCUGAGAUUGAGAAAGAAGAAGAUGAGGAGAGAGACUCAUGAAGGAGUUUAUACAUACUUAGGGCCUUGUGAGGCAAAAACCAUUUCAGAAAGAUUCUUUCUGCUUAGACUCUGUUUUUUUUCUUCUUUGUUACUAGAUUGUUGUUGAACUAUAGUUUGAGAUUUGACGUCGCCUGGUUUGUGUUGUGACAAUGUAUUUUAGAAAGCAUAAUCGUUGUUACUAGUUAAA